AUGGUCAGUGCGAAUGUUCCGUCUACAGAACGGACAUCGAAGCGCACUACAAAUGUACCCGUUUCCGAGCACCGAAGAACACAAUUACGACUGGCACAGCAAGCCUAUCGCUACCGCAAGGAGACAGUAACCCAGUCUUUGAAGCAUCAAGUUGAACGUCUGCAGUCACAGAUUCAGAACCUACGUCAGACGUUCCAAGCAUACAACCUUGAAAUAGAAAGAUCUGGCGUGCUAUCCUUUGAUUCGACUCUCGAAGGAAAUCUGCAACAAUUACGAAAGCAGUUUCUUGCAAUUUCUGCCACUGCGAGACCAAGUAAAGAGGACGGCAGUGCCUUUCAAACGAAUGAAAUUCUGUCAACUAUGACCCAAGUGAGGAAACAUGGGGAGCACUCGCAGCAGAUAGAAGAUGACCUUGAGUCAGCCACAUCAAGGCUAGUCAAUCGUGGCCUCCAUCUAGCUCAUCCGAAGUCGUCUUCUAAUAGGGCCGACCGCGAAGAAAACAACACACGAGGCAAAACAUUAGCCCAAAAUUAUUCAUCCUUACCAACACCUGCCCUGGAAACUGUCAAUCAUUCAGAGCCACUGCCAUGCGCUGUAGAUGACAGUGCACUCAAUAUUCCGUGCCCCUCGUAUCUCCUUUCUUCUUCCACUUCCCCCUUCCGCGAGACUUCUUUCGAACGCCGGUUGCAUCGAGCCUGUUUGAACAAUGGAUAUCACUUGUUGGUAGAUCCAACUACCGAUCCGGACAAUAUAAAUAGGGUGUUCAGGCUCCCAUUGACUCUGUCAACCCGAGAUUCCAUGAUUCAACAGAUGAAAGGUCUUCUUGAAGGUGGCUUAGAUGAAGCCCCAGAGAUAUGGGAAAUGCCUUUCUUCUUACUAGGGGGUGCGGGGACUCAUUAUCCUCGAAGGGAUCACACAGGAAGACCUAUCCUUCCUCCGAAUGCCUUGCCGGUGAGUCAAUUUAUCGGUGCUUUUGUGCAUCAAACAAUAGAGCCACAACCCUUCCACAGCGACCAUGACCUUCUGGCCGACCUUGGCCUCGAUGGUGAGUGGCUUGAUUCAUAUGACGUGGAAGGCUUUCUUAAGGAAAAGGGAAUCUUCUUGAGUGCGGAUACUACAUUCUGCAGAGUUCCGGCACGCGCAUUCUCAAUGGAGCUCCGGCCUUCUGAUAUAGUAGGUGCCAAUGCUCUACAUGUCAUGGAAAUGGAUGAAUCAGUCCAGGGACAUAUGUAUCCUCAUAAUGUAGAUCGUAUUGAACUACAGUCGAGAGGAUGGAGAUCAGACGUACAGUUCUCACCGGCACAGGAUGUAGAUCUACUUCGAAAUUAUUAUUCCGAUCCAAACGGGUCUUGGGUCCUAGAUGUGGGAUUAUUCAUUGAUCAUCUCAUUCAGUCUGGUAUUUGCCUCGGUCGCUGCCCUGCGUUUCGCCGAGAAGACGUCGAGCAUACAUUCCGCCUGGCAUUGCGAAAGUACCUACCGUUUGAAAAUAUAGUCCCUAUGGUCAGGAUGCGCAUAAGUCUUAGUUACCGCUCUGCCAUCACGAUAGUCAUCCAGCAGGUUGUUGACUUUCACCGCGUCAAGUCCCUCCAUAACUUUGAGAUCCAGUGGCUUCAGCUGGCCGUUAUCGAUCCCGCCUGGCAGCUCCGUCCAGAACUUGGCAGCCAGUUCUUGGUGUAG